AUGGACGGAAUUGACGUGUCGGAUAUGAGCCAGGCUCUGAUGGAGUCGGCCGGGAAUGAGACCACCAAGUCCACCGAGGCGGCGAAUGUUGCUCGUGAGAAGGGCUGGGUGGCUCCGGAAGGGUACGACUACAAUAAGUACACUUCUGUGGCCCCCCCGGUCCAGCCCGAAGGAGAGGGUGACGACGCGCUUCCCGAGUGGGCAGGGAAGGCCGCCAAGUACGAGUGGAAGGAUGAGUUUGGUGACGUCGGUCCCCAGAAUACUGAGCUCGAGGAGAUGCUCUUCCGUAACGACUACAUCAACCGGACUGGGCUCAAGAUUGGAAACUUGCAGAACAUCGAGGUUAUCGCCGAGAGUCGUGAGAGACCCAACCCCGUCAAGAGUUUCGACGACGCUGGUCUUCACCCGAUCGUCCGUGAGAACAUCCGCUUGUGCUGCUAUGAGCUCCCCACUCCUAUCCAGGCGUACUGCAUUCCUGCCGUUCUCACCGGCCACGACCUGAUUGCCAUUGCUCAGACCGGCUCUGGAAAGACCGCCGCGUUUCUCAUCCCUGUUCUUUCUCAGCUGAUGGGAAAGGCAAAGAAGCUCGCGGCUCCCCGUCCCAACGUGGCAGCUGGUUACGACCCCAGCCUCGACGCUGUUCGGGCCGAACCAUUGGUUCUGAUAGUUGCCCCUACCCGUGAGCUGUCGACUCAGAUUUUUGAUGAGGCACGUCGCUUGUGCUACCGCUCCAUGCUGCGCCCCUGCGUUGUCUACGGUGGUGCGCCGACUCGUGACCAGCGAGAGGAGUUGCAGCGCGGCUGUGAUAUCCUGAUUGCAACCCCUGGUCGACUGCUCGACUUUAUGGAUAAGCCGCACAUCCUUUCCCUCCGUCGUGUCAAGUAUACCAUCAUCGACGAGGCAGACGAGCUUCUGGACGCUGACUGGGAAACCGACUUUAACAAGAUCAUGUCCGGUGGUGAUAUCAACGAGGAUGCCGAUCAUCGCUACAUGAUGUUCUCAGCAACCUUCAACAAGGAAUGCCGUCAGUUGGCUCGCAAGUUCCUUGCUGACGACCACGUUCGCGUGCGCAUCGGACGUCCGGGCAGCACGCACGUCAACGUUGACCAGAGCAUUGUUUACGCAGAGCCCCAUCUUAAGAAACAGGCUCUCUAUGACCUGCUGCUGUCAAUGCCACCUUCCCGUACCUUGAUUUUCGUCAACUCUAAGAGUCAGGCUGAUUUCUUGGACGACUAUUUGUUCAACAUGGGACUUCCCAGUACCUCCAUCCAUUCCGAUCGCACCCAGCGUGAGCGUGAGGAUGCCUUGCGUGCGUUCAAGACUGCUAAAUGUCCGAUCCUCGUUGCCACCGGCGUUUCGGCUCGCGGGCUGGACAUCAAGAACGUCAUGCAUGUCAUCAACUUUGAUUUGCCUAGUGCCUCGCAUGGGGGAAUUAAUGAGUACAUUCACCGAAUUGGACGUACUGCGCGUAUUGGCAACGAGGGCCUCGCGACUUCCUUCUACGAAGAGGGCAAGAACGCCGAGCUUGCGCCGGAUCUGGUCAAGAUCUUGCUCGAGAGCAAGCAGAAAAUCCCCGAUUUUCUCGAGUCCUAUCGUCCGGCCGAUAACCUUGUCACCUUUGACGACGAUACCGACGACGAGAAGGAGAACGAAGGGACUACUGCUGAUGACGACGGUGCUUGGGGCGGAAUUCCUAUGGGGGAGCCUGAUGAGGCGCCUGUGGCGAACCCUAACUGGGAUUUCUAGUUCAAUGGUCGCUGCUUCCCGGUCUGACAACUGGGACCUGUCACGAAUGUGUCUCGCACCACCUCUCGCAAGGCAUUCAGCAGACAGGGCUCUGGUUGAAGGACCGGGUCGGUGGAUGGCGAGUUGAUCUUUGAAUGCCUUUUCGUUUGUUUCCACUUUCAACCCUACGCUCCGGCCGGGUCAAACGUGCAAUCUGUUGCUGAGAUUUCCAGCCCUAUAGUUCAAGCAAGGCUUCGCAGUCUUUCUCGCCUUGAACGAGCCUCGGAAAUCUAAAGAAGCCCGGGAUGGACUGGCCUUUGUUGGAGGCAAUAGAUCUGAGCUUGCUGCAGAUAUCCAACCAACGGAGUCAUGUUGGGAGGUGGUUCGGGAGGGUUGGCUUGCGAUGUCUCUUGUCU